AUGUUGAGGACACCUACGCAUUUUGUUGAGAUCGGUACGAAUUCAACAAAAUCCAGCACACCGCUCAUACAAAAACUACAACAUCAUCAUCAGCAGCAGAAGCAUCAUCACCAAACGAUUACCGGUACCAAGUACCAGUAUCAUGAGCAAUAUUCAAAAAUUGUCGACAACAACAAGCAGCAGCAACAAGUGGUGGUGGAUUAUCAAUUACAACAACAAAAAAAGAAUAAAAAAUCCUCCACUUCAUCAUCGUCGUGCAACUCAACUUCCAUUUCUUCGGGUACAAGUGACGAUUCAACCUCCUCGUCCAGUUCCUGCGCAAGUAUUGGUACUACGGCAAAAAUCCUAUCGCCCACCACGACGCCCUCGUUAACGUUCAAGGAACAUUUCCUGAGUAGGGGCCUAUUGUCGGGAUCACCGUUUUCUUUUAUGCGCCUGAAGAAGGCCAAAACAAUUGCCACAGCGACAAGUAAAAACGCCCCAGAGCUAAGAAAAUCAUCUAAGCGUUUUGUCGAUUUUGUUGAUUGCAGCAGUGGCAGCAACAAUAACAACAACAGCAGCAGCAGUGGUAAAGACAGUAAUAACAGUUAUUAUAAAAUUAGCAAAACGGGUGCUAGUUUAGCAACAUCGGAAAAAGAAAACUCUGCUGUGGUUGCGAGUUGUCGAACGCCGUUGCCAUUAAUAGAAAAAACAACGGCGGCAACUGGAGCGGCAGCAGCAACUAAGUCAAGCUACAAUACACGCACAACAACAACAACGGGUUAUUUUGCCAAUAUUCUUAACAGUAGUAGCAGUAAUAAUAAUUGUAAUAGUAGUUCCAGCAAUAAUACCAAAAACCUAUACAACAACACCACCACCACCAACAACAACAAUUAUUUAAGUUCAUUAACCACCGAUACAAAAAGAGAGCCAACAGAAGAAUUGACAAACGACAAGUUGCCAACAAAGACAACAACAGCUGAUAACAGUGUUGCCAAUCAACAGCUGGUUCAACACCAACCAACAACAGCAGCCGAAGCAGUUGCAAUUCAUCUACAACAACAAUAA